CUCUUCCUCAAUUUCUUCUAUCAUUUUUUUUUCUGUAGAAAGCAUGAGAAUGAGCUGCAAUGGCUGCCGAGUGCUUCGAAAAGGUUGCAGUGAAAAUUGCAGUUUAAGACCUUGUCUUCAAUGGAUCAAAUCUCCUGAUUCACAAGCCAACGCUACUGUCUUCCUUGCUAAAUUCUACGGCCGUGCUGGACUAAUCAAUCUCAUCAAUGCCGGUCCUGAUCAUCUCCGGCCCGCAAUAUUUAGGUCUCUAUUAUAUGAGGCUUGUGGCCGGAUAAUUAACCCGAUAAACGGUUCAGUCGGGUUAAUGUGUUCCGGCAAUUGGCAGCGUUGUCAAGACGCUGUCGAAUCGAUUCUCAAGGGCACAACAAUCAUGCAAGUUCCAAUCAACAACGAUGAUAGUAAUAACAACAAUACUGAUCAAAUCGUGCCAUUAAAAAGUUGUGAUAUCCGACAUGUUUCAAAGAAUUCAUCAAAUCCGGAAGUCAAGACCAGGAAUGGCCGGCUUAAGCGUAAGACCACUUUAGAUGCUACAGAGGAUCAGUACAUGAUUACGAACAACGAGCCACCUUUGAAGUUCAGUAUAAUAGGGUGGGAUCAAUUUGAUGAGACGGAAGAUGAGUUGAAACGAGCCGCGAGUCAUGACUCAUUCUCCGUUGAAACGGUUGAACCGACCCUGUUGGGGAAACGGGUUGACCCGGAUUUGCCUGUAAAAUUGGAGGAAGAUUGUGAUGUAGGAUUAGAGCUUACUCUUGGGUUGAUGAGUCAAGCAUAAUAAGAUGUUGAAGACAUCAUUUUGGUUUGUUUUUUUUUUAGUAAAAGGGGAAAUAGUUUCCUUUUUUUAAUGGUCUUUUUUUUUUGUUUUUGUUUUCUCUAGAGUUUUUUUGGGGUUUUAUUUUGGAGGCAUAUACUAAUAGAUAAGAGAUUAAAAAAAAGUGUAAUUAUGUAGAGAUGUUGGUGAUCAAUGUACUAAAUGAAAUUGUCACAAAAUUGAGCUUAGUGACAAAGUGAUCAUUAAUAAUAUAGUAUCUAAUUAAAUA